AUGGCUCCGCAAGACACCUUCUUCCGCUCGUCGGACAUGAGCUUGACCCAGCUCUACAUCGCCAACGAGAUCGGAAGAGAGGUCGUCAGUGCACUGGGUGAAGUUGGCCAGGUUCAGUUCCGAGAUUUGAACCCGGACACGAAUGCUUUCCAACGGACCUUUACCAAGGAAAUCCGUCGCCUGGACAACGUCGAGAGACAGCUUCGCUACUUCCACGAGCAGAUCGAAAAAGCCAACAUCCCUCUGCGGUCCUCGCACGAGUUUUCUGAUACUCUGGCUGCCCCCUUGGCGUCGGAGAUCGAUGAGCUGUCCGAUCGCAGCGAGAGCCUCGAACAGCGCAUCGCCUCAUUGAACGAGAGCUAUGAGACACUGCAGGAACGUGAGGUCGAGUUGACCGAAUGGCGAUGGGUGCUUAGAGAAGCUGGUGGAUUCUUCGACCGGGCUCACACCCAAACCGAGGACAUCCGCCAAUCCUUCGACAACGAUGAAGCUCCUCUGCUUCGUGAUGUGGAACACCACGCCCCCCGCCAGAACGGAGACACCCAGGCCCAGAGCUUCUCAGAGAUGAACAUUGGUUUUGUUGCGGGUGUCAUCCCCCGGGAGAAGAUCGGAACCCUCGAGCGUGUGCUCUGGCGCACUCUGCGUGGUAACCUGUACAUGAACCAGUCUGAGAUCCCGGAGCCCAUCAUCGACCCAUCGACCAACGAGCCGGUCUACAAGAAUGUUUUCGUCAUCUUCGCCCACGGCAAGAACAUCCUCACCAAGAUCCGCAAGCUGUCCGAGGGUCUCCAGGCUUCGUUGUACGGUGUCGAUGAGAACAGCGAGCUGCGAAGAGACCAGAUCCACGAAGUGAACACCCGCCUCGGCGACGUUGGCAGCGUGCUGCGCAACACCAAGAGCACACUCGAUGCGGAGCUUUCGCAGAUCGCUCGCUCCCUGGCUGCGUGGAUGAUUAUCGUCAAGAAGGAAAAGGCCGUGUACGCCACGCUGAACAAGUUCUCCUACGACCAAGCGCGGAAGACGCUGAUCGCGGAAGCUUGGUGUCCGACCAACUCGCUGGCUCUGAUCAAGUCGACCUUGCAGGAUGUGAACGACCGUGCUGGUCUGACUGUUCCCACUAUCGUCAACCAGAUUCGCACCAACAAGACCCCUCCGACUUACGUGCGGACCAACAAGUUCACCGAGGCUUUCCAGACCAUCGUCGAUGCCUACGGUAUUGCCAAGUACUCCGAAGUCAACCCUGGUCUGUACACGGUGGUCACCUUCCCGUUCCUGUUCGCGGUCAUGUUCGGUGACUGCGGUCACGGUUUCCUCAUGACGAUGGCUGCUUCUGCCAUGAUCUUCUGGGAGAAGAAGCUUCACCGGACCAAGCUGGACGAGCUGACAUACAUGGCAUUCUACGGACGAUACAUCAUGCUGAUGAUGGGUCUGUUUUCGAUCUACACUGGUUUCAUCUACAACGAUAUCUUCUCCAAAUCCUUCACUAUCUUCCCCAGUCAGUGGCAAUGGCCCGCUGACAUCAAGGCUGGCCAGAUGGUUGAAGCGACCUUGAAGGAGGGCUACCGCUUCCCCUUCGGUCUGGACUGGAACUGGCACGAGGCCGACAACUCUCUGCUCUUCUCCAACAGUAUGAAGAUGAAGAUGAGUGUCCUUCUUGGAUGGAGCCACAUGACCUACGCCCUUUGCUUGCAGUAUGUCAAUGGACGCCACUUCAAGUCCAAGGUUGACAUCUGGGGUAACUUCGUUCCCGGAAUGCUGUUCUUCCAGUCUAUCUUUGGUUACCUCGUCCUCACCAUUCUCUACAAGUGGUCCGUGAACUGGCAGGAGGUGGGAGUCAACCCUCCCAACCUCCUCAACAUGCUUAUCUUCAUGUUCCUGAGCCCUGGUUCCGUCUCCGCCGAGGAACAACUGUACCCCGGCCAGGGCACCGUCCAGGUCAUCCUGCUUCUCAUCGCAGUGGCCCAGGUGCCCGUGAUGCUGUUCCUGAAGCCCUUCUGGCUGCGCCACGAGCACAACAAGGCCCGAUCCCUGGGCUACCGUGGCCUCGGUGAGCACUCCCGUGUCAGCGCUCUGGACGAGGAUGGUGAUGAAACCGCGCUUCUGGACGGUCGCACCAGCGACGAGGGUGUGGCCAUGCUCGCCCAGGACAUGGGCGAUGGCGAAGAGCACGAGGAGUUCGACUUUGGCGACAUCAUGAUCCACCAGGUCAUCCACACCAUUGAAUUCUGUCUCAACUGUAUCUCCCACACGGCCUCGUACCUCCGUCUCUGGGCUCUGUCGCUUGCCCACCAGCAGCUCUCCAUCGUUCUCUGGACCAUGACCAUUGGCAGUGCCUUUGAGCAGGAAUCCCCCGUGACGCGUGUGAUCAUGAUCGUGGUCAGCUUCUACCUCUGGUUUGUGCUGACGAUCUGUAUUCUCUGUGUGAUGGAGGGCACCAGUGCCAUGUUGCACUCCCUCCGUCUUCACUGGGUUGAGGCUAUGAGCAAGCACUUUGUCGGUGAGGGAAUUCCCUUUAUGCCGUUCAGCUUCAAGACCCUCCUGGAGGAGGACCCUGUUGACUAG